AGGACCAGUUCAAGUGCAUUACUACAUUGUGUACUGUACACCGCCGGACCCUGUCUCUGACCUCCAGCCAUGCUGACCAGGAACAUUCUCAUCCUCUGCUCAUUGGCGCUGGUACUGGUUAAAGCCGACCUUGAAGCAGCUGAAGGAGGGUCCCAAGCCAUGUUUGCUACAGAUCCGGAUUCAACCUCAGAUGAAGCUCCAACUGAAAGCAUGAACCUGCUCUCACCCGACCUGCCCAAUGAUGAGUUUGUGUAUUACAACGGAGCAACCGCAGAUGCAAGCAGCAGCAGUGCUGAGGCAGGACAAAGUGCACUUCAAGUAAAUGAUGUGCCCAAAACCGAUGCUGCUAAAUCCAGCAUGGAAGAGCCUGAUGAAGAUGAAGCUCCAGACUCAGAGGAGGCGGCGGCUGUGAAACCCACCCCGGUCCCGGUCCAGCGUGCAAACAAAUCCCACAAUGCAUCAGCACGCAAGCGGAGCAAGCCCAUCUCUGCCUCAAAAAAGAGAUCAAGAAACCUCCGUCCAUGAGACGUGAACUGUGGAGAGAGAAACAGGGCAAAGGAGUAAUAGAAGAAGAAGAAAAAAUGAUAUAGAUGCUGUUUUCAGUGAACUUUUUUGUUUUUGUUUGUUUUGAGAAUCUUGAACUAGAUUUUAUCCUCUGUGAUGUACUGAUCAGUUUGUGUGUUUAACGGUUUGUUUGUGUUGGUGUGAAUGAUUAUGACCUCUGUUAAAGGUCUGUUAAUGUGAGCUACACGAUGUGCUUGCCAAAUAUUCUUCCAAACUUUAGCCAGAGGCAAUGCUGACGUGGACACUUUAUAGGGUUGAUUUUUUUUUUAGAUCAGACUAGAAAUUAAACUUAUUGUUAUAAGAUGAGAUGAAAAUUUAUAGACUGGUCGUUUUUUCCUAAUUACAGAAUAAAUUUGAAUCUAUAAUUCUCAGACUUGAUGACAAACUGGUGCUGGCAACCUGAUGACGUGCUCAGAUGUGCCAUGAGUUUAGCGACUAGCAGACACAAAAGCCUUUGCUCUCCUCACAAUGUCAGUGUUUGAAUCUAAAGUGUUUC